AUGCUGUCCUUUGCCCUGUCCGGCCCCGCCUUUCUGGCUGCCGGCCUGCUGACGGCGGGCGGCCUGGGUCUUCUGUUCUCUUUCGGCGAGGUCGGCCCGCGUCGCGAAGUCUCGUCAACCUUCUUCUUCCUCCGCAUCCAGCUCCCGUCCGCGGUUAACGUCGAAAUGCCCGACGGCACCACGCGGCGCCUCAGGGAGGGGGAGAGCGUACUCAAGCUGCCGACGCGAGAGGCUUGCACGGCCGUGACGCGCCGGGUGCCGCAAGAGGGAUUGAGCUACUCGGUGUACAAGGCAGGGGGUGAGAACAUGAGGUUGGUGCAGAGAUGGCCCAGGCCGGUCAACGCAAAGGGAGGGAAGUGGCCGCAGGGCGUGGUGCAGAGAGAGGACGAGGGCUUUUUGGAGGCCCGGUGGGAGGAGUAUCAGAGAUUGGGGGAGGGCGGUGAUGUAGACGAGGAGUGGAAGAAGGUGAUAAGCCAGUUGGGGGGAGUGAGAAUCGUGCAGAAUGGUGACUGCAAGCUAUGCGGGGGGACGGGGUUGAAGAGGUGUUAUAGGUGCGGCGGAGUGGGGUCAACGGAGACUUUUGAGUGCGAUUGUCAGGGGGGGAAAAGGGCGUGUGAGUGGUGCGCGGCGGGUUAG